UACUUGGUCAGAGCCGUGAUGGCAUUGUAUUCAGCACUGAUGACUAUUUUCGCCAUCAAGAUGGGUACAGCAAAACAAGCUAUUGAUCAGGGAAGAUCGCCAGUUAUAAUAGACAACACUAAUACACAAGCUUGGGAAAUGAAACCAUAUGUGGAAAUGGCCAUAGGAAAAGGAUACAGAGUAGAGUUUCAUGAACCUGAAACUUGGUGGAAAUUUGAUCCUGAAGAAUUAGAAAAGAGGAAUAAACAUGGUGUUUCUCGAAAGAAGAUUGCUCAGAUGCUGGAUCGUUAUGAAUAUCAAAUGUCCAUCUCUAUUGUAAUGAACUCAGUGGAACCAACACAGAAAAGCACACAAAGACUCACCCCUCCACAGGGGAGUCAGAGAGAAGGAAUUUUGAGGAAAACUGGGUUCCGACUCAGCAAAGCCAAACAGAAAAGAAACAGAAAACGAAACAAAAAAUCUAACAGUCUUUGUGAAAUCGCAGAUGAAAACUCAGUUGAAACUUGUAGUUAUCUUACAACAGAAGCUCAGUACCCAUUUCAGAAUGAAGAAGAUAUUAAAGAGAACAAAACAGUAGCAGGAUGUCUUUGUAUUAGUGGCCGACAAAAUGCAUGUAGAGAACUUCUGAAUGGCUGUAAAGAAAAAAAUCUUGAAGAUAGUUUUGAAAGUGUUGUAUCUACAGUUGAAUUAUAUAACACGCCAAAGAACUUCUCCAAGGAAGAUGAUGAAUUAAUUCUAAUUUCUUCAUCAAUGGCAAACAAAAACUCUGGUACUUGGCCCAUAGGGACUCAAAAUCUUCCUUGUGUAACAAAGGAAGACUGCUCCGGCAUAAAGGUAGAAAAACAGAAGGACAAUAGGUUUACCAUGGCAUUAAACAUGAAGAACUCAUUUGCUAGUACUCCAUGUCCAUUUCUCCAGAAGAUAGAAGUAGACCAAAGACUACUAAGUGAACCAGUUGAGCACUAUCAACAUGGAUCCAGAGCUUCAGAGAACAUUUUAAGAGAGGAGCAAGGAGUACAUGCAAGUAAAAAUAAUUAUUGGACUUUUCUCACAAACAAUUUGUCUGAUGAGGAAUUACAGCUAGGCUCUGAUAGACAACCUUAUUUUGAUAGCUGGCCUGAGGGACCUCAUAAAUUUGUGUGUGAACAGAGACCAAAGAAAGAUAGAUCACAUAAACUGGCCUGUCCUGACAGCAAGGAGCAAUUGAUUAAAUUGAUCUCCACUUCUGAAGGCAUAUCAGAACCAGGAAGCAGACGAGAAAUAUUGAUAGAUGUGAAGUUACUGGUAGAAGAUGAAGAUUUGUCACCUAUCACAGAAACUGUAGCUCCAUUCAGAGACACAGAAACAAAUAACUUCAGAAGCUGUUUACCUCAACUAGAUAACCCAAAGAGUGCCUCAGUGAAUGAAAAAAGGUGGAGAAAGAUUUUUAAUUUGGUACCAAACUUUAGUUUACUGGGACAGAGUCUUACCAAUACAAAAGAAAAGGAGAAACAUAGCCUGUUAACAGAAAGCCAUGCACUGAACAAUAUUUUAGGAGAAGAAAAAGACAAAAAUUCAGAAGUAAAUAACAAAGAGGAGAAGAAACAAAAACUCAUGACAUGUAACGAUCAAAAAACAUCAUUGUUUCAUUUUGAUAUUUUCAAAGACUCACCUCUAAAUAUUGGUGGACAAUUUUAUUUUCCUUACCUGUCAUUUAAUAGACUAGGACAUGCUAUGUAUCUUUAUAAAAAUCCUCUUCCUUCUUUUGUGCUACAUUAUAUAUCUAGCUUUUGGAUGAUACCUUUUACCAGCAAAAAAACAUUUUUGACUUUCAAAUCUCAGACAAGAGUAGGAAAUACACUAACGGAUGUAGACUUUAUUUUUUCAGAAAUUUUAUGUAGCCAACCUGAUACUUUGUGCUCUUUGAGGAUUACUUCUGAUACUCAGGUUUUAAAUGAAAGAUCUGGUGAAAAACUAAAGAAAUUGAAAGACUCUAAGUCACUACAGUGUUUACCAACUGAGAAUCACCACAAUUUAAGACUGGAUUCUUUUUGGCUGCCCUUACCACAAAGGUUUGCUUUCCAAUUGGUAAAGCUUUUUGGACCUCCUGGAAUUCCACUGGAAUCCUUAUUGCCUGAUGACUAUGUGAUUCCCCUUGACUGGAAAACACUGAAAAUGAUCUACUUGCAGUGGAAGAUAACAGUAGAGAAAAGACAAAAGAAGAUGGGUUAA